AUGUAUUACGUGAUAAUCUACUUGCGCCAAAGAAGGAAAGUAGACAAAAAUCGGAGAGCCACCGGUUAUGUAAACUGGAUUUGUCAGUGUGUACCGCGUGAGUGAAUAUUUAUCCAUAUGUUUUCACGUUAUUUUGGGAAAGUACACAGAAUACUGUAACAAAACCACAGAGAAGCAGCUUAUUGCACAAUUUAGUAAAGCUUUUUGUGCGGUGGACUAACUAUCAAAAGAGGAUUUCUACAUCGUUGAAAGGUUUCAGCUAGCAUAGGUGUCUCUUCCAGCCCACCUUGUGCUACUGCCAGGUGUGUGAGGGGAUUUGAAACAAAGGUGAAGGUCCGAAGACCAGAUGGGACGUCAGCAAACUCUCGAAACUUACGGGUUCAAACAAAUUUAAAGUUAUUUGAGCAUGGGGUGGUGACUGCUGCUGAACACGAUCUUGUGUUACAAUGGGAACUCAGAGGAAUGGAUUCAAAAAGGAAAACUACAUUAUCUCUGUGGACGUGGGGACAACAUCGAUCAGAUGUCACGUUUACGACAAGGAAGCACAGAUUCGGGGAUCGUGCGUCACCAAGGUGAAUCUCUUGUAUCCCGAACCUGGCAUGGUCGAGUUGGACCCUGAAGAGCUGUGGAUGGGGUUCGUUAAGGUGGUGAAGGGUGCUGUGCAAGAUUCAGGGUUUCAGAUGUGUCAGAUGGAGGCCCUGGGCAUCUCCACCCAGAGAGGCACCUUCACCACCUGGGACAGAAAAACGGGAGUUCCGUUUCACAACUUCAUCAGCUGGCAGGAUCUGAGAGCAGCUGACCUGGUGAGGUCUUGGAACAACUCCUGCACCAUGAAGGCAUUACACGGUGUGGCAAAGGCACUGCACUUCCUUUCCAGAAACAAACGUUUCCUGGCGGCCAGCCUCAUCGUUUUCUCCACCCAACACGUCACGUUACGCCUCGCCUGGGCCUUGCAGAACUGGAAAAGGUUAAGCGAGGCAGUAGCACAGGGGAACUGUUGCUUUGGGACAAUAGACACUUGGCUGCUGUAUAAACUCACAAAAGGACUGGUCCAUGCCACUGAUUACUCAAAUGCCAGCGCCACAGGGAUCUUUGAUUCAUACCAGAUGUGCUGGAGUGAACUGUGCUGCUUUCUCCUCUCGCUGCCUCUCUCCAUCCUCCCCAAAGUGUUGAACACUGGGCACCAUUUUGGCUCCACCGACACCUCCAUCUUCGGGGUGUCCAUCCCCAUCAUGUCCGUCAUGGCUGACCAGCAGGCGGCCAUGUUUGGCGAGUGCUGCUUUGACGUCGGUGACGUGAAGAUCACCAUGGGAACGGGAACCUUCAUGAACAUCAACACAGGCAGCCAGCCUCACACGUCCGUGUCCGGGCUGUACCCAGUGGUGGGGUGGAAGAUCGGCCCUGAAGUGGUGUAUCUGGCGGAGGGAAAUGCAGCCGACACUGGCACGGCCAUUAAAUGGGCACAGAAGCUGGAGCUGUUCUCGGAUGUUCGGGAGACCGAUACCAUGGCCAGCAGUGUAGCUGACUCAGAUGGAGUGUGUUUUGUUCCCUCCUUUAGUGGCCUGCAGGCUCCUCUGAACGAUCCCAAAGCAUGCGCCUCCUUCAUGGGUCUCAAACCCUCGACGACCAAGAGCCACCUGGUGCGAGCCAUUCUGGAGUCUAUCGCCUUCAGGAACAAGCAGCUCUACGAGACGAUGCUUAGAGAAACACACAUUCCGAUCACUAAGAUCAGGGCCGAUGGUGGUGUGGGCACCAAUGACUUCGUCAUGCAGCUGACAGCUGACCUUUUUGGCAGGAAAGUUUCCCGGCCGACCCGACACGAAAUGUCCUGCCUGGGUGCAGCUUUUGUAGCCGGACUGGGAGUGGGUUACUGGAGGAGUCGGGAGGAGCUGAAGAAGCUGCAGAGCACCGACUGUGUCUUCCUUCCCCGGAACGGUUACGGCACCGCCGACGGCAAGAUGACUGACCAGUACGGACAAGUCAUUCAGAGCUGGGAACGGGCGCUUCAGCGCUCCAUGAACUGGUAUAGCAAAGCCUGAGGCGCGGAGGACGGGCGGAGCGCACAUCUGUCGCUGCCGAAGGAAGCCACCCCCAGCCGCCUCUGUAACGUCAUGCUCCUCUGAUCUUAUCUUAUGUUAGGUUUGUCUUUCUUCCUCAGGGCUGGGCGUUUUCUGUGUUCAAGGUAGAUUGAUUAAUUCUAUUCUGUGAGGUGAUCUCUGAUCUGACAUGAGGGGGUCAUUGAAGCCAACUGUGUUGCAUCUCAGAUGGAAGGAAGGAUGGAUAGAAUCGAUGAAGGAUGGAUAGAAUCGAUGAAGGAUGGAUAGAAUCGAUGAAGGAUGGAUAGAAUCGAUGAAGGAUGGAUGGAAUCGAUGAAGCAUGGAUGGAAUCGAUGAAGGAUGGAUGUUUUUUGACAGAGUGAAGGACUAAUGCUGCUGAGCCUCAUGGUCUUCAGUUUAAAUUAACUGUUACCACAGGAUUCGUUUCCUGUUUAAAUUUAGAAACGGUAUCUGUAGCUCAGGGUCUUGUUCACGUAGGCAUGCAACGGAAAACGUUUUCAGAUGUUUCCAACCAAGAAAUGUUUUCUUUUGGAUGUAUUCACUCGGGGAAAAAAAAACAUUCUGAAAUGUUUUGUCAAACCGUUUCCACUGUUCAAAUGUGGAUAGUUCCUCUCUGUUUCAUCAAUGAAAAAAGGGAUGGAUAUACCGGACUUUGUCUGUCUAUUCAAAGUAUUUCGUAACUGAACAGCAACAUUUUGCUGAAUGAAUACAUCCCAUGUACUUCCUCCAUGUCUCAGUGUUUAUUUUUUUAAUUUGGUAAUGAAAAUAACCCAGGUGUGCUGGUGCUCAAAUCGAUUAAGCGGAAUAGCUGCAGAUCGCUACUGUUUGCCUAAAAAUGCAAAAAUUACAGAGCGUUCCAGAAAUGUUCUCGUUUUGACCAAAGGUUAGCAUUUACCCCACCAAUUCAUCGUUUUUUUUAACAGCAUGUCACCUUUCAUGAACUUAACAACAUGCCUUUUUAGCUGUGUCAUAACUGUAAAUUGCACAACCAGUAGGGCUGAACAGAUCAAUCCUCCCCAGCACUCGAAAACCUACAGGUGUUAUUUGUUAUGAUGCUGUCUCAAUGCAAUGUUACAGGUUUCUUACCUCACUGACUCCCGGGAUUCGACUUUUAACAACCUUUCAGCGACUGGCCAGAGGCACUAAAUCCCUAGGCAGUGUAAUGGGUCGUGGAAACUCACAACGUCCGUCAUCUCCUCGAUCCGAGAAAUGCAAUGUUCUCCUUGUCCAGAGGAGGGAGUCUCUGCUUUCCAGCGAGCCGUUGUGGAAGCCUGUGGACCUAUUGGACAGUACCCCCGAGGAUGCUUGUUCUCCCCAGAGGCUUCACAUUCCUGGCUCCCCUUGGUCUGUCCAACGGUCCAGGGCACGUGUUCAUUAGGGCAAAUCAUUAGAAUAAAUAAAUAAUAGUCCUCCUUUUUGAAACAAUAACGGGUCUGGGGUUUGUUAUUGAGCAAGGCCUGUUUUUUCCUAGUCCCCCCUAUUUAGCGGGAUUCCCAGUGGACAUGACUCAGAUACGAAGCUGUUAUAUCGGAAGAGGCCGCUGGGGUAUCUGUUUUUUUUUUUUAAAUCCAUGUUUGUCGUACAGCAGACGGACAAAGAAAAUGUACCAAGGAGGCUACAGUGUUAGACCUGGCAGUAUUAGAUACUAAGAUACUUGAUCAAUAUCGCCUGCAUAGGAAACUCUUAUUGUUGUACUUGUCUCUGGCACUUGUGGUAACUGUGUUUUUUCAUGAAACUGUGAGCGGACAGGACUCUUGUUAACAUAGUGGAUGUAUCGCUAGGACAUCCUCCAUGUUUUAUUGUACUGGGUGCUGUAGGGGGGUUGUGGUGCCUAAUUCUUAAGUACCUUUACAUGUGGAAGUGGCAGUGAAGAUUUAAAAAAAUCAUGUACGUAUUAGUGUCAGUCUGUUUUUCUGCCUUUAAACGAUCUUAUCUGCCUCCCAUUUCCCAGUGGAAAAUCUAAUGUAGGAGUUUUAUGUUUUCCCAUAAAUUGGAUACUGAUAGCUAUUUUGACACUAGAAAAGGACCCUUACAUUUAACUGUGUAUGUAACUACUUUAAAGGCAUGGUUUACCCAAAUUACAGUGAAAUACGGGUUUCCUUUUCUCAAGUUUUCUAUGCAAAGGUUGUAUUGGAAGUCCAUGUUUUGGUAUUAUUCUACAGCUUAACAGUCAUAGAUGUUUGUGGAAUUGUUUGUGAAGAGAAGAUUUGAGCAUUAGCAAUAAACCAUUUAUUUUAGUAUCAAAGUUUGAUUUGGAGUUACAUUAAUUCAUCAUACCAGUAUUAUAAUCUGUUGCACAUCAUGUUCAAAUCAUCUGCAAGUGCCUUUUCUGAGCUUAACAGGCAAUUUGACAUAGUUGCAUGUAUUCUGUUGGUGUAACACAAGCUAAACUGACUUGAUUUGUCCAUGAAUUAAUUGUGGGUAAAAAAAAAAGAAAAAAAAAGAGGAAACUGAUCAAAUGUAAUGAAGUUUACAACAUUAAAAGCUUGAAUGGUUAAGAAC